AAAAGUUGUUUAGUUCAUUUUACACUGUUUUUGCGAGUCCGUUCUGAAUCAAACAAAAACAGAAGAAGAAAGAUCAAGAAAUCAGCAGCAAAAGCAGUAAAAUGAAAAGGGCUUUCUCUCAGCACAUAAUGAGGCGUUUCAUAGACUUGGAAAAUGUAGAGGAAAGAGAGAAUAGCACUGCUAUGAGCAGCGCUCACUUUUUGAAAGUUGAACAAGAAGAAGUUGUUGAAGUGCAAGAAAAAGAAGAAGAAGAAGUAGAUGAUGUAGCUCAUCUUGUUGGUUGCAUAAGCCUGCACAAGAAGAGUUCAGACUCAAGUCAUGGAGGUGAAGAUCUCUCAAUCCGGAAGUACAGAUCUUGGUUCCAAAAGCAAAAGAGAAUUGCAGCAAGGCGAGAGAAACAAAUAAAGGCAAGUAUGGCUCUUGAUGAUUUUAUUGAGGAACAAAUGAAACAUUUUCAUGCUCAGUAUAGUAGAGGCGUUGUCCCAACGCACCUGAAGGACCUGUCUAAACUUCUGAUGCCAAAAUCGACUCCACCAAACGAACUUGCUGCUUUGUCCUGGCUUGGUGAUUGGAGGCCCUCUUCCUUUUUGGACCUCCUCCGCUCACUGUCACACUCAUUGCCUUCCUUGUCCAAGUCCAAGACAACUGGGCUGGUCCUAUCAAAACUGACCCAUGAUGUACGAAUUGAGGAAGCCGUGAUUGAUGAGGAGAUGGCUGAGAUCCAAGCUAAUUGUAUCCUCCAUCUCCAUUUUGGUCAAGCCAAUAAACAUGAAUCCAUUGGGCAAGCAUUAGCUUCAAUUCAUUCCGAGUUCAAGAAGAUCCACGCUGUCAUCAUCAAGGCCCAGAAGCUCAGAUACAAAGUAUUGGAGUUGAUAGUGAAGAAUGUGCUUAGCCAAACUGAUGCGGCAGAAUUCCUGGUAGCAUUUGCCGGAAUUCAAGAUUCUAUUCACCAGAUUGCCAGAGACCAACGGAUGCAGAAAGGAUCAGUUUAUCUUUCUAUGAAGCCCCAGAAAUCCAGUUGAGUAUCCCGAAAAUGCAUGUCAGAUUUUUCUUGGAUAAUAGUAGACAGUGAGCGGUAAAUCUAGAACUACAGAAAUUUAAAGUAAACAGAGGAGCAUGCUUGUAUAUCUUUAGUGUUGAGAAGUGUUCACCAUUUACAAAGAGCAGAUGAAGUAUAAUUUUCCCCUCUGCAAAUGAGUCAAAAUUGAUUAGGCUUGUUUGAUGGGCUUAAGUUUGGCCCAGUCUAGCUGCUCAGACAAUACAGCUUUUAUGUAUGAUGUUUCUGUUGAAUAUAAAUUUUCACCUGGGCCAUGGAUUAGUCCCAAGUUUGUGUCACAUUUGCCGUGUCUAACUACUGAGCAAUGAUCAUGCAUUUUACAUGAUAUUUGUAGUUGCGCUACGCAACUUA